AUGAUCCAGGAACCCCUCCGCCCACAGGACUGCCCUACAAAGAACGACCCUCUCUACGCCAGCUUCCUCACAAAACUGAGGGGCCGUCAGCUCAGCCGGACACAGGAGAGCAUGGACUCUCCCUCUGUCCUGUCCUGGUUCUCUGCCACUUCUCCAUUUCUGGGAAUACCUACAUUGCUGUGUCAACCAUUCCCAAUAGAUAUUCUUUCGGAAAAGCAACGUUCCAAGGAGGAUUUACACGGGAGAAGGGAUGGGGCGGGAGAAGCUUUUCUACGGAAAGUCUACAGCAUUCUUUCCAUUCAAGUUCUUUUGACCACAGUCACAUCUGCAGUUUUUCUGUACUCUACUGGAGUGCAGGCAUUUAUUCAUGAAAGGCCUGCCUUGCUUUUGGUAUCUGGGUUUGGAUCUUUGGCUGUAAUCGUGUCACUGACCAUCUACAGACACCAGCAUCCUGUUAAUCUAUACCUGCUUUUUGGAUUUACCCUACUGGAAGCACUGACAGUUGCCAUUACAGUGAGUUUCUAUGAUGUGUCCAUCGUCUUGCAAGCCUUUAUUCUUACUACUGCUGUAUUUCUUGGACUGACUGCGUAUACCUUGCAGUCAAAGAGAGACUUCAGCAGAUUUGGAGCAGGCCUGUUCGCUUGUUUAUGGAUUUUAAUCUUCUCAGGUUUCUUGAGGCUGUUUUUCUACAGUGAGACAGUAGAGUUGGUGUUUGCUGCUGCUGGAGCUCUUCUGUUCUGUGGAUUUAUUAUUUAUGACACUCAUUUGCUGAUGCACAAAUUAUCCCCUGAAGAGUACAUACUGGCUGCAAUCAAUCUCUACUUGGACAUCAUCAAUCUGUUCUUACACCUCCUGCGUUUACUGGAAGCAUUUAAUAAAAAGUAG